AGACAAUUGCACGCACUCUUUUGAUUGGAAGACUUGUCUAGGCCCCAGGUGUUAAACGUCAAUAAAAACUGCUUGACAUCUUAUUCUAUUGUGUAACAUGAAUCAGAAAUGAUUGUAAUUGAAUGGAAAUAAUUGUACGCCUAAUUAUUGGGCAAAUCAAUCCUCUGUGUUUUUAAAAACCAAUUGUUUAAUUAUGUUAAACGUCGAUGACAUUUCUCCCGCCCUGAAGAUGGCGAUAACACACUAACAGGCAGUUUGAUAGUGAGAAAAAUGUCAGCCCCCUUUGUCAUAUUAUGUUUCGUACUGCACUGAAAAUAUUUGAAGAGAAAUGGAAGUCUUACCGACACAGAUUUGUCCCGUGGAUUGCACUGAAUCUCCGCAAAAAUGAGCGAACUCUUCGUCAAGUCACAAAGCGCUCCCAAGACAAGCUGGUGCCUGAUGAGGAGGUGACAGAGACUCUUUUGCGACUCUUCAGGGCCCUGUUCAGAAAUGACCUGGUCAACCAGGGAGACGUACUCAGCCAGCUCCCCACCUCAGCCCAAACACAUUACCUCGGACAACAAGACAAUGGAAAGGAAAGCACAGAAGAGGCUGGUAGAGAUGGACCCAAAAGAGGAUUUGAUUUGAUGUUACACAAUGUUGGGUUCUGUCUUGAGCGGCAGCCCAGCACCUUGCUAUUCGGUGGAACUGGGGUAUUUGUUACCAAAGGAUGGGUACCUAAAGGAGUUACGGUUGCCAUGUAUCCAGGCACUGUCUACCAGGCUUAUGAUCCAAUUCUUUUCCAGUCCAUCCGAAACCCUUUUGUAUUUCGAUGCAUUGACUGUGUUUUGAUUGACGGCAAUGAUAAAGGCAUUUCGAAGAUGGUGUACAGGUCAUGCAGCGGAAGGGACAGACUGGGUCCUUUAACGCUGAGUGACACCACCUGGUUGACAGCCAAUCCAGUGAAUCCACUUGCAGUGGGUCAGUAUGUCAAUAACUGCACCAAUGAGUGGGCUGCUAACGUGUGCUAUCAGGAGUAUGACGUGCCUGAUGGAUUUCCUCUGGAGCUUCGCCAGUACCUACCUAACGUGAACUACACACAUGAUGCCCAGAGGCCUUUGCGAUGUGUGGUACUCGUCUCACUCCAGAACAUCCACCCUGGAGAGGAACUCUUCUCCAACUACUACACCAUCGUGCAUUAAGUGGUCAACCCUUGAAGACACUGAAAUGGGAUUGGUUCUCUUAAGUCAAAUGAAGAAGAGAGAUGUCCAUAUUCAUAAGAACAUUUCUAUUUAUUUCUGCAUCUGUAAAGCCUGUAUUGGACUGAAACAUAAAAUACAAAAUAGUCAGAAACAAACAAAUGUAUAUGUACAGUUUUAUAAACAAUACAUUUUACUUUGAAUAACCGAUAUUCAAUCAUGUCUUGAUUGUCUAUUUUAACCUAAACUGUCUUUAAAUCCCCAAAUGUGAAAACUCUUUCUAUGGAAACAUUUUCGAAUGGAAAGUAAAAUAUUACAAAAGACAAUCAAGACUUAUUUCUAAAAACCAAAUUUUUCCUUAACAAAGUGAGGGGAUACAAAGUUUACAUGUAGGCCCCUGUAAGAAAAUGGUUAUAACUAGAUUUACUAUUUUGUCCCAACCUAUUUAAAAAUACAGCAUUAGAUAUACAUUAACAUUCCUGCACCAGUAUUUUUAUUUUCUAAAGCUCUGGGUAAAAAUGUGUUAUGUUCCUUUAAGGACAUGAGUAAUUGCACAUAUUACUAUAUUGCCCAAUAUAGCAUGAUGUUAAGUUUGACUAAACCACUGGUCUCAAUAAACAUAUUUCAAGUAUAUAUAUAUGUAUAAGGGGGAAAAGAAACUGCAAACAAAUGGAAAUAUUUGACUCCAUUAGUGCUGGUAAAACACCAUUCUUAAGCCAUGUCCUGUAUAACUCUACUUUUCUUUGCAUUGCAUAUAAACAUCACUGGAUUGCCACCAUAUGGAAUAAAAAAAACUGGAAUUAUAUUUAUGCAGGCAGUCCUGCAAGCAAACUGUCUUCCAGUAAGUUUAUUCUAUAUUCAGAAAUGCAAUGGCAUUCUCCCUCCAAACACUUUCCCAUGAACACUCGUGGACUAAAUUCUCUGAUACAAUUUUAAUACUGCAUACUGUACAUACUUUCUCACUACCAAAUCUUUUUCACUAUUUCAAACAGUGUACUGUCUUGUCCUGAGUCCAGUAUUGGGCACUGUACAACGCAAGUACAUUAUCAAUGCUAAUCAGAUGAAUAAAUAAUAAAUUAUAUGUUCUCCAUGAAUGCAAAAACAUAACAAAAAUGAACCCCAAAAAAUGGAAAAUAAACCUGUUUUGUCUGGGUUUUCUGUGGCUCUGGCUUUAAGACUAGACUUGUGUUCCACUUCCACAAAGAGGAGGGUCAACCUGGAUCUCUGUACAUAUUUACACACAUUAUUGCCAUAACCAAGGGUAUCAAUACAGUAUCAUACUUCA